AUGGCUUCCUCGAAACCGCCCGAGGUCGCUGAAAUUGAUGGCAAGAAAUACAGAAAGGUCACCGAGGGAUUAGCAUCGGUGCUUGCGCCAUACAAGCAAGACUCCGACGCACAUACGAGGAAGGGACACAAUAACGACGAAGGCGCCCAAGCGGUCUUUUAUAACCCAAUUCAACAAUUCAAUCGAGAUCUCAGUGUUCUCGCAAUUACUGUCUAUGCGGAAGGUGCGGUGCUCGAGAAGGAAAUUCAGCAGAGUCGAAAGCACCAAGGUCGAAAAAAUGCGAAGGAGAGGAAGAAACAGCGCGCUUCCAAGUCUUACGGCACAACUUCUCAGCAAAAGCAAAAUGGCGUAGCAGAAGCCAGCAAUUAUGCGGUGGAGAACGGGGAAGCCCGCCAAAAUGAAACAGCAUCGAAUGGUGGUCGCAAACGCAAGGCGGCUGAUAUCUCAAAUCCUGACGCGGACACAGUAGCGGCUGAAUCGAAGAAGGCCAGGACCGACCAGAAUGUCGGAGACGAUGAUGACGACCUACCCGUGGAAGAACUAACCAGUCACCCGGUGGGCGAGAAGUCACAGCAAGAAGGAGAUGGGGUCCAGAUCGCAGAGAAGAAGCAAAAUGAGGAGGCAAAAGGUGAUUCCACAAAAGUCGUCGCGGCGGCCACGCAGAAACGCACACCUUUUGCGAUUCUAGACGCCUUAUCCGCAACGGGCCUUCGAGCACUACGGUACGCUAAAGAGAUACCCCUCGCCACGAAUAUAGUCGCAAAUGACAUUUCCCCGGAAUCAGUACACAGCAUCGACCUCAACAUCAAGCACAACGAAGUUCAAGAUAAGGUACAUUCCAACCUCGGCGACGCUCGUGAAUUCAUGUACACCAAAGUUGGGAACGAAAAGAUCCGGUCAGGGGAGCGUUACGUCCACCGCUUCGAUGUCAUCGAUCUCGACCCGUACGGCACGGCCGCGCCUUUCAUCGAUGCAAGUCUGCAAGCGGUCCAGGAUGGCGGCAUGCUCUGCGUCACAUGCACCGACGCCGGCGUCUUCGCCUCAACUGGGUAUCCCGAAAAGACAUACGCAAUGUACGGCGGCAUGCCCGUCAAAGGGUCCUACUCCCACGAAGGAGGACUGCGAUUGAUUCUCAACGCCGUUGCCACGUCGGCCGCGCGGUACGGCCUCGCAAUCGAGCCGCUCUUGUCUCUGUACAUCGACUACUAUGCUCGGCUGUUCAUUCGGGUCCAUCGGAAACCGCUUGAAGUCAAGCUCCUCCCCGGCACCACGAUGAUAGUGUACAGCUGCGGACACGGCUGCGGCGCGUGGACAACACAGCCCCUCCUGCGCAGCCAGCCACAGACGUCGAGAAACGGCGAGUCGUCGUACAAAUUCUCACUCGCGCAAGCGCCCACGGCUCCGCCGAACUGCGAGCACUGCGGCUCGAAGACGCACUUGUGCGGACCCAUGUGGGCCGGGCCGCUGCACAAUCCGUACUUUGUGCAGAAAAUGCUCGACAAACUGCCCUCGCUCGACGGGGAAGUCUACGGUACAACGGACCGUCUUGAAGGGAUGCUGACCCUCGCCCUCGAAGAAGACCUCACCUUGCAACAAGCGGCGGCCGAGACAGAACCACCAGCAACAGCAACAACAACGGACGCCUUGUCGUCCCCAUCUUCGGCGGACCCCAACUCCAAGAUCAUCUCGCGCCUCCCGCCCCAAGUCAUCGACGCAGCUCCGUUCUUCGUUAUUCCCACCAACCUCGCAAAAGUGAUGCACAGCACGACGCCGUCGGAGAGCAUGGUCCGCGGCGCCAUCAUCAGCACCGGCUACCGCGUGACCCGCUCGCAUUGCAAACCGGGCAGCAUCAAGACCAACGCGCCCUGGAGUGUGCUGUGGGAGAUCAUGCGCGAGUUCACGCGGACAAUGGCCCAGAUCAGGGACGGCGCCGUGAAGCGCGGGUCACCAGGCUGGACCUUGCUCGCCAAGGUCCGAGGCAGCGAGCGCGCACUCGUGUCCGGACUCGCCACCGUGGCCAAAGAUCAGCUCGCGAGAUGCGAGUCGAAAGAAGACAUGAAGACCAUUCUGCACGGUAUGCUUAAACGUCUGGAGGUGGAGGAUUUCGCAGCAGCACCGGCAGCGGCAGCGGCAGAAGACGGCGGGCCCGUUGAGAAUCGCGGUGUCGACACGACAACCGAAACGGCCGAGACGAGUGAUACCGGGGAAGGUCAGGGUCAACCACGACAACAAGCACAAGCACAACAAGCACAACUCUCAAAAAGCCCUCCGGCCGCCGUCGACCCCACAAAGCUCAAGAUCGUCUUUGAUGAGAAGCUGGGCAGGGACAAACCUCGCGGCAGGCUCGUGAGGUACCAGAUGAACCCUCGCGAAAACUGGGGUCCGAUGAGCCGCGCGGGAAGAACAGGAUGA